AUGGCGAAGGAGACCAGGACACCACAGCCCACCAGAAACACCGAAGCGGGGAAGGAGGGGAAGACCCCCUGUCCACCCAAGUCCAGAGGAAAGGGCAAGGCGCCCAAGACAACCUUGAAGCUUAAAAGACGCCCCCAAGGGAGUCUGAGGAAAAAAGCUGCUGCAAGAAUGACCACCCUCUCAAUUCAACCCCCAAAAGGGAAAAAGCCAACACUAUUCGGCCACUAUCACCGGCUGAAUCAGGAACUGCAGCAAAAAGAGCUGAAGCAAAUCCGAAAGGACGAGGAGAUGCCCAGCACCUAA